ACUACGCUUUCAGUUUCAUACCACACAAGAGGGUAGGAAGAAAAAGCGAUGGCUGACAAAGUGCUAAGGGAGAAAAGGAAGCUAUUUAUCAAUUCAGUGAGCACAGGUACAAUUAAUGCCUUGCUGGAUGAACUACUGGAGAAAAAAGUGCUGAACCUGGAAGAGAUGGUGAGAAUAAGAGAUGGAAAUGCUACGGUUAUGGAUAAGGCCCGUGCUCUGAUUGACACUGUCAUUCCGAAAGGACCCAAAGCCAGUCAAAUUUGCAUCAACUCAAUUGGUGAAGAUGACUGCCACCUUGCAGAGAAACUGCAGCUCUCAGGUUCCCUACCUGGAAAUGCCCAUAGUACACAAUACUCUCAAGCAGUGUUUCCCUACCUCCCAGCUCAGCAGGCAGUGCAGGACAUGCCAGCGAAGUUCACAUACUCAGACCAAGAAGGGAAACUCAAGCUUUGCACUCUAGAAACAGCCCAAAGGAUAUGGAAAGAAAAAUCAAAAGAGAUUUAUCCAAUAAUGGAUAAGUCGACACGCACACGUCUUGCCCUUAUUAUCUGCAACACAGAGUUUGAUGAUCUUCCCAGGAGGACUGGAGCUGAUGUUGACAUCAGAGGUAUGAAGAUACUCCUAGAAGGUCUGGGAUAUAGCGUGGAUGUGAAAGAAAAUCUCACUGCUUCGGGCAUGGUUACAGAACUGGCGUCAUUUGCUGCUCGCCCAGAGCACCAGACCUCUGACAGUACUUUCGUGGUGUUCAUGUCUCAUGGUAUUCGGGAUGGCAUUUGUGGGAAGACAUACUGUGAUCAAAUCCCAGAUGUAUUACCAGUCAACACCAUUUUUCAAAUGUUGAACACCAGGAACUGUCCAAGUUUGAAGGACAAACCCAAGGUGAUCAUCAUCCAGGCCUGUCGUGGUGAGAACCAAGGUGUGGUGUGGUUAAAAGAUUCUGUCGAAGGUGCUGAAAACAGACCCAUAUCGGCUUCAGAAGAUUUUGAAGAAGAUGGCAUUAAGAAAGCCCAUAUAGAGAAGGAUUUUAUUGCUUUCUGCUCUUCGACACCAGACAGGAUCUUAUUGUUGUGAGAUCCUGCCUCAGCCUCCCCAAGUGGCUAGGAUUAUAGGUGUACACCAUCACACCUGGCUUUUAGGUUGGACCAGGAAUGGACUUUGGGCCUCCCAUGUAGUCCUAGCCUGCUGUGUACAGAGUUUUAGAGCAUGUCACUGCAGCUGGGCCAAUGUCUGCUACUAUUAAAUAUGCUUCCAUUCUGUAACAACUCAAGGUAUUUUGCUUAUCAAGAUUUAAAUAAAGGCAAUAUGAAUCUUUCCAUCCACCUGUUUUGUAGUUUCCUCCAAACUCACAUCCUCUUCAUCUCUAGCCCUGAGGUCAUGCCUCUGAUCAAAUAGUUUGGUUCACAGAUUAUUUUCUAGAAUGUGAUGACAUCUCUCAGGAGAAAGCCAGGUUCUGCAAUGUCUUGACCAUAUACUGAGGUAAAGCUCAAUGAUUUUUUUCAAUAAUCAAAACAAACACCAUGCCAAAAACCCAUGCAUUUGGGCUGAAUGUAUUUAGCAGACUUUAAUACUAAAGAUAACUAGUCUUUGGGCCACCAGGUAGCGUGGUGGUUGGGGGUGCUGGACUCUCACACGACUAACUGCAGUUUGAGUCCUGGACCUGGAAACUC